AUGAGUACCCGGACAACCCGAGCUCGUAAGACCAAGGAAUCAGAUACCGGCCCAGUGGACAGCAGAGGUGGCAGUGGUCCAAGUUCUGCCACAGAAAAGAACGAUAGUAGUGACCAAGCAACAACCAUGGCCGAGAGGGUCCAGCAGCAGAGCUCUGUUGAACCUGGGGAAAACAUCUCCCUGGGCUCUACUAGCUCAACGAGACCGACAUCUCCGGUGCAGGCAACACGCACUUGGGAAUUGACAGCUCACGGUACUGUACGCUGUGAAAAAAACGCUGCCGGGGAAGCCAUCCAUAUCAUUCUUUCCACAAAUCCACUGAAUCUCCAAACCUUGAGACCUGUAGCGGAUUGGACUCGAUCAAUCUAUACAGCUCUUGCAGAGAGCCGGCCGAUAAUGCCUUUUCAGCAAAUGUAUAAACCUCUUAGUCAGGAAGAGGUGGGCUACAUCCGGAAGAGGCUGGAAGAAUACAGGAAACGGCAUAUCCAUAAAUUAGAUGGCUUUGACUGUGCAGUAAUCCUCGCGGACGCCAAGACCCUAUUUUCGUAUUUUGUGCUCCUAGAGUCGACGAUCAAAACACAUCAGACCGAGCCACAAUCCAAAAAGAGACCCACUGGGGCUGCAAACGCGGCGGCGACGACAUUAGGAAGCAGGCAUGAGGAUCUCCCUCUUUGCUCCGCAGAUGGAACUCCUUACUGGAAUAGUAUUGAGAAUGAUGGAGUCAGGCAAAUGGCGACAAUGGACGAUCGGCAGGUGACUUGGUUCUGCGUAUCACAUCCAUUUGCCGUCAUGCCGCAUGUUCCCUUCCGGGCCGUCCCCUUUACUAACGCACGACGAUAG